AUGGCGCAGCAGCAGCGCUAUCCUCGGCAGCUGCGACGGCAGCUGCUGCAGCUACUUGCUGCCUUCGUGCUGCUGCGCUGCAGCACAGCUACAGCAGCAGCAGCAGCAGCAGCAGCAGCAGCAGGUGGCUGCACCGAUGAAGACAUGAAGAUUAUUUGGAUCCCUUACGUUCCUCCCCCCGCACCCCCUUCUAUGCUGCAGCCGCCACCGCAGCAGCAGCAGCAGCAGCAGCAGCAGAAGCAGCAGCAGCAGCAAAAGAAUAUGGGUCAAGGCACAGCAAGCGCGUUCUUAACGAUCCAGCACCUAGCAGCAGAAGCAGCAGCUGCUGCUGGCAGAGCUCAUGAAGCUGUAACUGCAGCAACAAGCGCAGCAUCUGCUGCACUUGCUGCUGUGAAACAGGAGGAGGCGCUGGCUGCUAGCAGCAGCAGCAAGAGCAGCAGCAAGAAGAGCAGCAGCAGCAAGAAAGACAGCAGCAGCAAAAAAGAUAGCAGCAGCAAGAAGGACAGCAGCAGCAGCAGCAGCAAGAGCGGCAGCAGCAGCAGCAAAACUGACAGCAGCAAAGACACAGGCAGCAUCCGAGGAGAUGGCAGCAGCAGCAGCAGCAGCAGCAGCAAGCAGCAGCAGCAGCAGCAGCAGCAGCAGUAG